GCCGACCUGCCACUCCCUCUGUGAUAUCACCGAUAUCAAUUCCUCUGAUCUCCUAUCGCCACACCGCUUAUGUGGAUAUAUACCCGGCCAGCUUCUUCAUCGCUAUUAGAUAAACAGAUCACAUCUGCUAUUGAAUCACGUCCGUCGAUGUACAACAGAAAGACGCAAAGUGCCAAAGAUCUUCCAUCGGUUCAGUAGUGAAGUCUCCAGAUUGCUAAGCACAGAUAGGCAUCUGAAGCUUCCUCAUUUGGCAGUAAAUGACUUCAGGUCUGCCUUUUGUGAAGACAACAAAGUGUUUCUCAGGCGGUCCUCAGUCGGGUUGGUGGACUUGAAGGGUGAAGCCCAUGUGUUAUUACAACAUUUGUCUUCACUCCCAGUUCCCAAAGAGAAGAGCUUGUAUUUACAUGUUAUUGAUCAAGAUUUAGUGACAUUGUUGAUUUACCAAAUGGUAUCAAUGAGCUGAAGUGAAAUGUCUUCUUGUUGUGUACAACUGCAUUAAUAUGUCUAGUAAUCUUAUGUCGGAAAUGCAAAUGGUUGGAAAUAUGCCAAAUAAUACAAUGCAUGAUUUUCCUGGAUCCAGUGGCCCUGUGAACCCAGCUGAGUGUGUUGACUCCUUGGUUUCUGUAAACCAGUUGGGUCAAACAGAGUACAAAACAGGUGUGGUUCAAUCAAGCUCAUCAAUUAUCAGUUCUGUCCCCCAGCAAUCCUUGUCAUCUGAUAGGGUAUUUAGAGGUGUGUCCACUAAUGUUGGCGUUGAGCAGAAAUUAUCUGUACCGAGCAAGCGAAAGGCUGAUGGGGAACCUCAACUUCAUGUUUCCUCCCCUCGGCAGUUGUCAUCAUCAUCAACCAGACGUGCUGGUGGGCCUCAGCGACCAAAUUUACAACCCAAAGCCAGCCCCACAUCAACACAAACUCUUCCUCCACCAAACAGAAAAGCCAUGCGAAAUGAGCCCCUUUCUAGUAAAGCUGGGCUCCAGCGACAGGGACCAAAAGGGAGGGCUGUACAAGCAGACACAGUGGCUAAGAACCACACCGACUCGUCCAAAGCUGUUAGAUCGAAGAUGAGGGAAUCACUUGCAGGUGCACUUGCUUUGGUAUGCCAACGUAAAAAUGAAUCUACAUCAAAUGAGGCUAAGGAUGAGAGUGAGAGUAAACAAGGAAAACAACAACCAUCAGAGGAAGUGAAUACAGCUGGGUUUCCUGAGUUGGCAGUGGAAGAUAUACCUUUUAGUGAUAGUUUCUUUGUCAAAGACGAUCUUUUGCAGGGAAAUGGCCUCACUUGGGUUAUGGAUCUUGAUAUGGGGGAGGAGGUGAAGGAAACAAACGAAUUACCUCUCGUUCAAAAUGAUGUAUCUUGUCCGGAAGAUUUGGCUUCUGAAAUCGAAUCAGAACUGUUUAAAUUAUUCCGAGGUGUGAAUAAGAAAUACAAAGAGAAGGGUCGAUCUCUUCUGUUUAAUCUAAAAGACCCAAAUAAUCCAGAACUCAGAGAAAGGGUUAUGUCAGGUGAGAUUCUCCCAGAAAGAUUAUGCUCCAUGACUGCAGAGGAACUUGCUUCGAAAGAACUUUCGGAGUGGAGGACAGCAAAAGCUGAAGAACUUGCUCAAAUGGUUGUUUUGCCAGAUAGUGAUGGUGACAUGAGACGUUUGGUUAAGAAAACACACAAAGGAGAAUACCAAGUGGUGUUUCAAAGUGACUAUGAAGAUGUGAAUAUUGCCGCUGAGAUAUCUGCUGGUGCAACCACACCGAUUACCACACAAUUUCAACAAAAUCCCAAAAGUAGUGAAAAGAAACAGGAUUUAUCCCACAGCUUGGUUAUUCAGACUGAUGAGGCCGAUUUGAUGCAAGGAAUGAUGGUAGAUGAGUUCAAGGAAGCAGAUUUUCUCUCACCCAUUGUGACACUUGAUGAAUUUAUGGAGUCCCUUGACUCUGAACCUCCAUUUGAGAACUUGCCUGUAGAUGCCACUUCUGGAACUCCUCCAUCUGUUGAAUCAACAUUGGAAGGAUCUUCUAACAAUACUUCUUUUGAAGGCAAGACUGGUGAAGUGAUCCGAAAAAAAGUUGGGCUAGUUGGCAAACUGGUUGGUCCAGAGGCAGAUGUGAAGUCCAUUUCACAUCUUAAUGCAAAAAAAGAAUCUCCGUGCGGGAAUGCAUCUGCUGUCCAAUCUGUUUGGGAGGGGGAACUUCAACUGAGCAUUUCAAUUUCAGUUGCGGUUAUGUGUUAUUUUAGAAGUGGAGAAACAACAUCAACAAAGGAGUGGACAAAUUCCCUUGAAGUAAAGGGUAGAGUUAGGCUUGAUGCGUUUGAAAAAUUCCUCCUGCAGCUCCCCAUGUCACGGAGUCGUGCAGUCAUGGUCGUCCAAUUUGUGCUGAAGGAUAAGUCAUCCGAGGGUGGACGGAAAAGUCUUUCAGAGGUUAUUAUUCAUUUGUUCCCAUAGACAUAUUUCAAUGCUUGUUCUUUUUAGUUUAUACAUGAAUAUUUCUCACACAUCAUAGUGCCGUGGUUGAAUAUUUCUCAGGUGGUAGAUUCAUAUGUCUCCGAUGACAGGUUGGGAUUUGCCGAGCCAGCUCCAGGAGUGGAGCUUUACCUUUGUCCACCCCAAGGUCGCGUACUGGAUAUUCUUACCAAACAUGUGUCUAAGGAAGAAAGCUCCAGGCUGCAAGAAUCUUCCGAUAAUGGCCUUGUAGGUGUUGUUGUAUGGAGAAAACAUCACCACCACCACCAUCAAAUAACUUCCACAAUUUCAACGGAAGACCAUAAACAACAUGUCUUCCAAAAACAACAGCCAUCCAUCAUGUCGCCCACUAGUAGGAGACCACAUGAAAAAGAGGCCGUCAAUGUCAACAACGUUAAUUUAUUGCCUGAAGUAUCUUUGAAACCUACUACUAGUACUACCCCAUUAUUGCCACAAGGUGGUGAUGAUGAUGAUGAUGAUGAUGACAUCCCGCCUGGGUUUGGGCCGCCCAAGGGCAGUUCUCGUGAUGAUGAUGAUUUACCGGAGUUUAAUUUCUCUGGCAACAUCAAGAACUUAUCGCCCUUGACUAGACAACCCCACCCACAGCCCCCUACUCACGCACACCUACCCCUACCUGAUCAAAUGAGACAACUUGUACAAAAGUAUGGCCAAACUGAUAAUAAUAGAGUAGUGCCUGGUGGUUUUGGAAUUGAACCAUGGAAUGAUGAUGAUGAUGACAUCCCAGAGUGGCAGCCGGGCCCACAGCCGCCUCCUAAUUCUCAGCCACCAGGACCCACCCAAGGAAUUGGUGUUGGGUUUCACCAACGCCCCUCAUUGGGUCACCCAAGAAUGCAAAACCCGCAACAUGUUACAAAUUUAUCACCAAGGUGGCACCCUCAAGCACAUUCUGGGACCUUAAGAAAUCAGCAACAAGCAGGGCAGUAUUUUGGUUCACCGGUAGUGCAACCCGGGCAACCUCCUGGUGGGGAUUACAGAAGGGAUAGUGGCUCCAAUAGGCGUUUUUGAUUGAAACAAAAGUUGAUGUAAAAAGUAGCCUUGCUAUAUUGUUCUGUUUGGCAGCUAAGAACUUAAAUACUUUUAGAUAAACAAGAUAGAUACUAGGUUUUGCGGUUGGUAGUUUAGCUUCUUUACAUCCAAAAAUAAAUUAUAUCGUCUGCGUGUUAAUGUGGACAUACUGAUGUGACGAUGAUAAAGAAAGAUAACUCUUAACGAAGUGUUGUACUUGGAAUUUAUGAGUCAAGUCACUAACUGUUCGCUUUUAUUUUAUUGAGUCCGUAUUCUCUAUUUCUCUGUUCA